AUGGAGGAAGUUGUAUACAGAAUAGUCUCCGAAUUCGAAAUCCACCACUCUCUUCUCGAAAACCCAAAUUCCUCAACACCCAUUUCAGAAUCAGUACUGUUGGACCUCCAAACCCUCCUAGAUUACACCUCAAACACCAAGGACCCAAUCGACAUUGACUGUCUCUUCGACGAAUUGUCCUCCAAAAACCUCUCUGUAUCCAUUCUCGUCCGUACAAUUUCUUCAGCAAUGGAUUCUGGACCCACCCAUAUCGGUCUGUUGGCCUCAAAGGUAUAUUUGUCUCUUCUUCUUUGCCCAAAUGCCCCUGUUUUCACGCUCUUCACUCCCAUGGCUUUUCUCUCUCUUCUUCGCUCCAUUCGCCGGUCCUUCAAGAAGCCGAACUCGGGCACAGUGGGCCAUUUAUCGUCUCAGCAUCGGGCCAGGAGAAAAAAGGGUGGUGGGCGAGGCGGGCAGUUGAGAAAUCGGAGUCAGAAUGUUCAAGAUGGUGAGAAUGAGAGCGAAGAGAGGGUGUUUGAUGUUAGGGUAUUGUUUUCUGUGCUUGAAAGGUUAGAGCUUGUUCUGUGCUUGAUUCAUUUGGAUCGGUUUCCGGAUAGUUUGAAGAGUCUGGUUCAAGCUGUGGCUGAAAUUCCGGUAAUGGCGAUUGAAUUGUGUGGAAAUUCGGGAAAUUAUGGCAAGUUAUGUCAUUUGUGUUCGCGGGUUUUAAGCGAAGUGUUAAAGGCUGAGCAUGGAGAUCAGUCUAUUACCGCGGCUGAGGUUUUGAAGUCAUUGUCUCCAUCGAUUCUAUUCCUUAAAUCACAAGCUCGGGAUUUUGCUUUGGGGUUUAUAGUGAAUAAAAUGAUGGUUAUGACAAAAGAUUCUAGUGAAAUCAAAAAAGCAAUUGUGAAUUUGCCCAAGUACUUGGUACAAAAGGCUCCGGAGAGGUCCGAGCCAAGGGCUUCAGCUGUGGAAUCUAUAAUGGAGAUUGUUAAAGUUAUGGAAUUUGGUGAUCAAGUUGGCUUUGCUGAAUAUGUAGUUAAAAUGAGCCAAGGAAAGGCACAACUUAGGCUCUUGGCUGUGGACCUUGUUCCAAUGCUAAUUAUGUCACUCAGAGAUCCAUUGGGAGUGAAUACGGAGAGUGGAGUCGAGAAUUCAUGGGGGUUGAGAUGUUUGGAAGCCUUGAUUCGGAGGUGUUCCGAUGUAAUAGCAGGGAUUCGAGCCCGGGCUUUAACAACUUUGGCUCAGUGCGUGGGGUUUUUAUCAGAUGAUGAUAGGUCUCAAACUGUGUUGAAGGAAGUAAUGGGAUUUGGUAAUGAGGGGACGAAUAGUGUGGAAGGUGGAAUUACUGAUAUUUUGAGGCAACGGUGUAUGGAUGAGAAGGCAGCCGUCAGGAAGGCUGCACUUCUUCUAGUAUCAAAGCUGAUGGCUCUUCUUGGAGGGGCACUUGAUGGAGUUUUGCUAGCUGCAAUGGGCAUGGCUUGUUCUGAUCCACUUGUUAGCAUAAGGAAAGCAGCAGUUUCAGCUCUAUCUGAGGCCUUUAGGACAUUCUCGUAUGACAAUGUGACAAAGGAGUGGCUACAUUCUGUUCCACGUCUCAUAAGUGACAAUGAAUCUAGCAUUCAAGAAGAAUGUGAGACAAUGUUCCUAGAACUGGUUUUGGACAGGGUAUCCAGAGCAGGAUCUACUUAUGUCCCACAUGAAGAAUCCGUAUUUUCUGAUCCAAAUGGAAAACUAAAAGAUUUAGAAAGCAAGAUUGACUUAUUAUAUCCUGAGGGAGUUUUGGGCUUAUUGAAAGAGAUCUGCGAUGGAGAGGUGACACCUUGGGUGAAGAAGAUUUGCACAAGCCUAGGGAAGAAGAAAAGGCUGAAGGCUAAAAUUGCUACUGCACUUCAAAAUAUCAUAAGAACGUCUGAAUUUCUGUGGUUGAGCCAUUCCAUGCCAAUAGAGAAGUGGACAGCACCUCCAGGUGCUUGGUUUCUUCUGUCAGAGGUGUCAGCAUUCCUUUCAAAAGCCGUGGACUGGGAGUUCCUUCAUCACCAUUGGCAGCUCCUCGACAAGUAUGGACCAGAAGGAGAGCUCAAAAGCCCACUUCAGAAUGGUGAUUUGGAUGAAGAGGUGAUGGGCAUAGAAUCCCAUUCUGUUGCUUGGGCCGGAGAUCGUGUCUUUCUACUGCAAACAAUUUCUAAUGUUUCUGUGGAGCUGCCUCCAGAACCUGCAGCAGAUUUAGCCCAUAACUUGCUCAAACGAAUUGAGGAGUUUGACAUGCAUGCAACGGAGGUUAACGCCCAUGUUAGAGCACUUAGAACAUUGUGCAAGCGAAAGGCUUUGAAUCCUGAGGAGGCUAAUUCCCUUGUUAUGAAGUGGGUAGGUCAGCUUCUCUCUAAAGCCACUGGGAUUCUGGAAAUGUACAUGUCAAAGGACACAGAGGCAUACAAAGACAGUAGCGUUCUUACACCUCUGAGUGGGACUAGGAAGGCCAAGAAAGCAGCAAUAAAACUGCCCACCUUAGUAUCACAAGCAAUUACUGCAGUUUAUACUAUUGGAUCUUUGGUUAUUGUUUCUCCUUCAGCUGAUCUAAAAACCAUUAUUCCAGUCCUACACACCAUUAUCACUUCUGGGAGUUCUGAUCUAGAAUUCUCUAAUUUGCUAGGACCUGCUGUUUCUGUAAAGCAAAGAGUCCCUUCCUUGUAUAUUCAAGCUUGGCUAACUAUGGGUAAGAUCUGCCUUGCCGAUGGAAAACUAGCAAAGCGUUAUAUUCCUCUGUUUGUGCAGGAGCUUGAAAAGAGUGACUGUGCAGCACUUCGGAAUAAUAUUGUUGUAAUGAUGGCGGAUUUUUGUGUACGGUAUACUGCUCUGAUUGAUUGUUAUAUAUCAAAGAUCACAAAAUGUCUUCGUGAUCCAUGUGAACUUGUUAGAAGGCAGACAUUUAUACUACUAUCCAGAUUAUUACAGAGGGACUACGUGAAGUGGAGAGGAGUUCUUUUUCUUCGAUUUCUAUUGUCCCUUGUUGAUGAAUCAGAGAAAAUUAGACAGUUAGCUGAUUUCUUCUUUGGGAAUAUCUUGAAAGCCAAGGCGCCCCUUCUAGCUUAUAAUAGUUUUGUGGAAGCAAUUUUUGUAUUGAAUGAUUGUAAUGCCCAUACUGGACAUAGUAAUACUCAGAGUUUGCGAACUGAAAACCAACUUUUCUCUCUCAGAGGUAAUGACGAGAUGUCCAGGUCUAAAAGAAUGCACAUAUAUGUUUCAUUGCUGAAACAAAUGGCUCCAGAGCACCUUUUAGCGACAUUUGCUAAGGUAUGUGCAGAGAUCCUUGCUUCUGCAUCAGAUGGUGCGCUCAGCAUAGAGGAUACUACUGGAAAAUCGGUUCUGCAGGAUGCAUUCCAAAUUCUCUCUUGCAAAGAGAUCCGAAUUCCAUCCAACCGUGGGUCUUCAUCUGAAUCAGCAGGCAUGGAUGAAGAAAGUGGAGAGAGUGGAGAAGCAUCAGCUGCUAGAGGAAGAAUCAUAACUCAAGCUGUCAAAAAGGGCCUUAUCCAAAACACCAUCCCCAUAUUCAUAGAGUUGAAACGGCUACUGGAGAGCAAAAACAGUCCCCUCACUGGUUCCCUUAUGGAAUGCCUCCGAGUCCUUCUCAAGGACUACAAGAAUGAGAUUGAUGAUAUAUUGGUUGCAGAUAAGCAGCUCCAGAAAGAGCUCAUUUACGACAUGCAAAAGUAUGAUUCAAUGAAAAUGAAAUCAACGGCUGCUGAGGCUGUUGCUACCAUGCAAAGAUCAGACACCUAUCGUUCACCAGGUGAGCCUAAGGCUGUCAGUGGACGCAAUUCACAAAAUAAGUUCACAGAGAAGCUGCAUGGCAGUUCAAAAGUGGCGUCAGCAAUGGCAGAUGCAGUGGCUGAAGCCACAGCUCGGUCUGUGCUCAGGGAAGUGAAUCUGGGCGCAUCAACACCCCCACUUUGUGCCAUGAGUGUGCCCAAGCUCAAGCCUACAACGGGAAGAACACUUUCUCAAGGAGACCAGGCUGCUGCCGUGCUAGAAUCUUUGAGGAGAAGACAAUCUUUUGAGUCUGAUGAAGAGUAACUAUUACCUUUCGUGAACUGCUUAAAGGGCAAAGAUAGGCUCUGAGGCCUUAAGAUGGGAACAGACUCUGUACUGUAUAAUUUUGAACCUUAUUUUGGCGAGAGAUUUGGUGUCAUUUUUCUUUAUUGAUAGUUGUUCGUAUCUAUACAAGUUUAUUAGUAAUAUCGGAAUAAUGUUUUG